GGGAGGAGGCUUCACUAAGACAGAGCGUACUACUGACUUACUGAGAGGACUACCAGUCAUAAUAUUACAACCUUUUCCUCUGCGCUCAAAACCACUGCAAAUCAUUCUCCUUGAUUUGGAUUUAGCAAAGAGGCAGCAUGUGUAAGGGAUUAGCAACACUGCCGGCAACCUGUAUGAAAAGUGCCAAAGACAUCAAGCACAAGAUUGGAUUUCUGCUCCAUAAGCCUGAGGUUCCACCAGACAAGGAACAGAUAAAAGAGAAGACCAACAUUGCCAAGAGAGUUUCACCUGCUGAUGUGGAGAAAUGGAAACUGUCCUUCAACAACCUGAUGAAUAGUGAAGCUGGCCGUACGGUGUUCACUACCUUCCUGAAGGCAGAGUUCAGCCAGGAGAACAUGGAGUUCUGGAAAGCUUGUGAGAAAUACAAAAUGUCAGCCCCCAAAAAUAUGGCAGGUAAAGCCAAACAGAUCUAUGACCAGUACAUCGCGGCAGACGCUCUUAACGAGGUGAACUUGGACUCAGCAACGCGAGAGGAGACCAGACAGAACCUGUCUAAUGCCGGCCCAUUCUGUUUCGACAACGCCCAGCAGAAAAUCUUCACUUUGAUGGAGAAAGACUCAUACAGAAGGUUCCUCUAUUCCAAACUGAUCCAGGAUCUGUCCCUGUUGCCCACCACCACCACCCAACUCAGUGCUCUGGAGAAAAGGGGAGGGAUGAGAGGCUGUUCUGAGAGCGGUGGUGCAUAGACAGAGAUAGAAAGAGAGAAACAUUGACAAUUAAAACACUCUGUCAUAAUCUGUGAGGGAAAGAGUAGGUUCUCUUGAAGAGAAAACAUUGUUAUGAGUGGGUGGAUUUAGAUUUUUUUCUGUCCGUUGUUCAAGAGAACUAUUUCAACAAGUAUCACAAAUUGCUUGUCUUUCAGACUAGGGUAUGCUUGGAGAGGAAGAGAAGAAAAUGAUCAGAGAUGUGAUUUUCAGGACGAAAUAUCAUCCUCUUUCUCCUGAUUUUCCAUUGUUUUGUGAGGGUCUACUUUCUUUCCAUGUAAUAUCUUCCUGAGCUCUAACAAGUGUCAAAUGAUUCAAACUGAGAUUUAGGCAUUUCACUCUGGUCAGCUCCCUGUUUCCCCCCUGUCUGGCUUUCAUCAAGGGCUCAAAGCUAAGUCAUGCAUGUACGCCAAUAAUGCUUUCCGGCUUGAAAAUGCUCUUCCUCAAACUGAGUGUUAAAUUAGAUUAUAGUUUAUGAAUGGAUAUAACUAUGUCUGGAUUGGUGUUAAAAGCUCCUUUCACAUGACUGGUGUUUAUGUUUUUCUAUCAUUGCUUUACCUUAGGCUAGUUUGUGCACUGCUGAGGUGUAGCUCACUUGCCCUCUGUUAACCUGCCGAUGAAGUCAUGACCAGGUGAUGUUUUGAUUCAAAACACAGGGGAAAACAAUGAGAAACUACCUCUCUAUCCAUCCCUAUCCCACUUUCUGGCUGACCUGAACAUUGACUGGUUAGCAACUAGCUGUCUUCUCAAGAGGAAGUUUGUGACUGUUCCUGUAAUAUGACUCAGGUUGUCACUAAACCAACUAGAGUGCAUACUAAUAGUGUUGGAUCUGUAACAUCCAUUUGUAUUGGUCAUAUCUUCACUAAUGCUGCAGAGCUUUGCUCCAAGGCAAUACCAGUUUCCUUUGGCUGUAGUGACCAUAACAUUGUGGCAAUAACAAGGAAAGCCAAAGGUUGGGCCUAAAGUCAUUUAUUAAUUGUUAAUUCCAAUUGUUGACAAGCAUGCACCAGUUAAGAAUCGAACUGUGAGAACUGUUAGAGCCCGAUGGAUUGAUGAUGAAUUGAAAAAUUGUUAUGGUUCAAAUAAAUAAUGCAAAAGAAGUGGCAAACAAGUCAGGCUGAUCAGCUGAUUGGUUGACAUACUGUAAACUUAACAAAAAGAAGAAAUUAUAUUACCAAAA